AUGUCAGAACCGUCACGACUGUCGUCGAUCAAACGAUCAUUUCCCAACCAUGCAUCAUCGAUCUCCUCAAAUACAUCAUCUUCAUCAUCACCACCACCAUCGGAUCGUUCAUUUCCACAAUCUUCACAAUCAUUGACAAACCAUUCCGCUUCACCAUCCAAAAUGGUUCAAAGUAUCAGCGAUGCAAUAGUAGUAAAUUUGCCAAGUCAUCAUCAUCAUGAUGAGGAUCACCAGGACGACCAUCAACAACACCAUCACGAACAACAUGACUCUCAAUCAUCAUCAUGGACAUUAUCACCUUCCUCUAGGAAUCGAAGAAAAUCCAAUCAGGAUCAAUAUUCCUCGAUCUCUACCACACCUCCUCAUCAUGAAGAGCCUCUUUCAUGGUCUGGAGAUCAAUCGCCAGCAUCAUCCAUUCAUAGCAGUGUUGUAACAACAACUCGAACAAAUUCAUCGUCACAUUCUAGUUCUAAUAGUAGUAGUAGUAAUAACAACAAUAGCAACAGUAACUAUUAUUCACCACUAUCACAUCACCCUCCUCAUAACACUCUCGGAUCAAGUAGAAGCAUGUCAUCACCUGCAUUGUUUUCCAUGAUGGAUUCGAGAGGAAUGGGAAGUUACAUUAGUCAUUGUUUUGGAAUUUCAUCACGAUCUUUGCAUAAUGAUUCAUUCGAAAUGAUUCCUCUCACUGUUUUGACGUUGUGGAAGUUAGAGGAUUAUGGUGUGACAUCAUCGACGACGACGACGACAAAUCCUCACGGAGGAGUAUCUCCAGCCAAAGAUUUUGAAUCUAACCCAUUCGAGAGUGUUCGAUCGAAUGAAUUUCACACUUUUUUAGAGAGCAGUGACACGACCACGAACGUUCCGAGAUCAACGAAGAGAAGGCCAGAAAUGGUGAGAGGAUACUCUUACAUGUUAAUGUGGUGUCCGUGGUUUAACAUGUAUGAUAAUUUAUUUAUUGAAUUUUGGCUUGUUAAAUUAGAUGAAUCUGUUGUCACAACCUCUAACGCAACACAUACGAGAUCAAAUAAUUUUACUAAUAGUAGUAAUAAUAGUAGCAACAUCAAUUCUUCAAAACACUCCUUUUCUCAAUGCUCUCCAUCACCUUCAAAUGAUGGCUCUAAUAAUAAUAAUUUUCGCUUACUCAAAGUUCGACAACAAGCAAAAGCACUCUCAAAACAACCGAAUGAACGAUUUUUCAGUGGAAAUAUUUGGGGAUAUUCAGUCGUCCUAAACUCGCCGUUGAACCAAACCAAUGAAAGCAUUUUAUCUCAAUACUUGGCAAAUGCAUGUCCAUCUUCGAGUACUCACUUUUUCGGAAAUGAUUUGGAAAAUUUAAUUAUAUGCUUUUUUGGACCUACUAAACUUUUCAAAUUCAAGCUUAAUGUUAAAAAGGAAUUUCACAAAAAUUACAAAUCUAAAAUCAAAUCAGAAUAUGUCACCGAUGUAGAAUCGAUUGAUUUUGUGGAAGCCCUUGAUUACAAAUCUCUUCGUGUACACAAUGCAAUUACUCCAUCAUCGGCAGUCACAACUCCCACAGAUGUUUUUUUCGAUGUGACUAAUACCGUCGAAGAGGAAGAAGAAAUGAUCGAUGAAUUGUAUCAUGGUCUAUUCGAUUCGACUAGCAUCAUUUCAGACAGUGCCAGAAAAUCCCUUCAAUUAAUGUCACGCAUUGAAAUGAUUCAUGACCAUCUUCAAGGGUAUGGUUUUGUGAGAUGUGACAUUCAUAAUAAUUGUCACUUGUACUCAUUGCAGAGAUCUGACACUUACGUACCAAGUCCAAGCUCUGCCAAUGAAAGUAUCAGCGAUGAUUCCUUUCUCGAAUUACAAUCACCCCGUAGUAACACUAGUAUUACGACUACUCUCUCUGUCUGCGAGAGACGAUCAUGCAGAAUCGCUCACCAUUCUCUGAGUUUAGUGUUUUUUCAAAGACAAAUCGCUCGAAAACAAUAUUUGAAUUUGAAAAGCCCAACCAGUGGAAGAUUUGAAAUGAGUUAUUCACCUCACUCGAAAAAUCAUGUAAAAAUUGGAUUUGAAAAAAUUGGUCACAUUUUACCAUUUCAUGUGGAAUCUGGAAAAUUGAACAUGAUGAAUCAUUCGAAUAUCAAAAUUUGUAAAUUUGAUGAGAACUUGUUCUUAGUGAUGGAAAUUGACGAAAAGAACAUGAAAAAGCAAUGGGAACAUUAUCAAUUAUUGCAACAACAUCAACCCAAUAAUUAUUUUCAAACUAUGAAUGUCACAUCCAGUCACGAGAGCUCAUCACCACCUCCAUUCAUCAUUGAGAGAAAUCUAAUGAUGGAAGCCAAUCAAGACAAAGAAUUUGACGCUUUACAGUUUUUCAAAUUUUACAUUCUUGAUUUGUCCAAAUCUGACGAUGUGAAACUAUCAAGACUUUUCACGAGUUAUGAUGCCACGCAUCCAACAAGUCAUGCCACAAUCUCACAAUUUUCCUCCUCCAAAAUUCAUGAAGCUUAUCUGAAAAUUUCUACUCCUAAAACAGUUAAGAAUCAAUCUAUCAUCUCUAACUCGACAAUUUCUCACAAUUCCUUCUUACACAUGAACAACCUCAAUAGAAAUCAGUUAACAACCAGUGACACAAUAUCUCAUACCAAUGACACCAAUGAUCAUAACAAUGUUCAAUUCUCACUUCAGGAGCCACAUCCAUCAUCACCACCGUCGAAACAACAGCUCUCUCCACAACCAAACAAUCAAUUUUCUCUGCAAGUCAAUUUACAACACAACAUGCUUCCAGUUUACAAAAAUCAAAAAUCCAAAAAGAAGAGAUUUGACACUGAAUUUACUUUUGAAAAACUCAUUUCUCACAUGAUUGUUUUUCGAGGAGACAUACACAAAAAUCCACACCAGUACACCAUUGCUCUCUUUUACAAUGUGAAAGGAGAUUUAAAAUUCUUUUCGUCUCAACACGAUUUUACUGGAAUUGGAGAAUUCUCAAAAUUGAGAGGAAAAUGGUUUGAUUUCAUUCAUUUCACACAUGUCGUUUCACGAUCCAAGACAUUAUUCGAUCAAGCCAAUUUGAUUUUAAAUGCUAGAAUGAAAUCAGAGGGAAAUUAUGUAGUUUCAGGAUUGGGAUUUCCAGAUGUUUUACUCUCCUGUUUUAAAUGA